CAGCAAUUUUUUGGUUCCAAAAUUCGAAAACAAAUUUUUGUAUUUUCAUUCAAGCCUUUGUGUGCAUUUUCAAAUUAUGGUGGUAACAAUUGCGCGUGCGAAACUACAUAUUUAAGAUUGAGACAGCGAGCGCUGAGUACGCCGAGUUGUGUGUGAAAGAUCUAGUAGAGUAGAGAACUAAAAAUUUAUAUAAAAUCCCGUGCUUUGAGUAGAACUGCAACUUUCUUUAGAAACCUAGUAUUUCUURGGCAACGUGCUACCAGCAAAAUGUCGCUAUUAAAAAAUCUCUUCCAGAGUAAGACCUCCCAACCGGCUUACGUGCCACGUSAAGUSAACAUGGGUGAGGARGUACGCCGUUUGAUGCACAGGCAGGAUAUUGAAGCGGCUAUGGAGUCUGCGAAGCCUUUCCUACUGACUGCUGCGCUAGCUUGGCCCACAGUUUGGCUGUAUCGCGGUUUCGAGUGGCAUACAAAGCGCGGUAAGGAGACGCUGCCGCUCUAUAUAAGAAAGACUUUCUUUGCCGCUAAGAUUACACAGCUCUCAGUGCUUCUACUUGGUCUAGCUUAUGCUAUCGGCAGUACACAGCCACGUCACUUUUAAUUUGACUYGUAUUUUACUAAAAUAAGGAAAGAAAGAUCGGGCGGGAUGCUCGAAACUAAAGCAAGUUCUAAAAUAAAAAAAUACUGCUUGUGUUCGUCUUCAUGUUGCGGAAAUGUCAACCAACAAAAAUUAAUAAAAAUAAUUAUAUUAUAUAUAGUAAUCAAUUAGACAAAUAAUUGUAGGAGACUCGAAAAUAAACAGCUGAAGCUUAUGUAGCAGAAAUAAUUGUAACAAAUCAUCUACAAAUUAUUAAAGAAGAGCUGAAAGGACUAAACUUAAAUGUAAA